AUGGAAAGUGAGAGCAUUAUCACUGUAUCCGUCAUUUGGAGAGACAAACACAUGAAAGUGGAGAUGGAUGAAAGGUCUUCUGUCAGAGAGCUUGGACAGAAACUACAAAAUUUAACAAAAAUCAAAGCUGAUACCAUGCGGUUGCUUGUUCCACAAUCUGCCACUAGGGGUUCCAAGCUCGUUAUUCCUUUUUCAGAGGAACACUCAAGUUUAAGAUUGGAGGAAAUUUCGGUUCUCAAGGUACUUUUCAUACUUUGCUAUCCAGCGUUGCUUGCUUUUCUUUACAUUUCACUUUAGAAAAGUUUUGCUCAUGGAGUAAUAUAUUAUUUAUCCAGUGUUAUGAGAUAGUACGAGUUUUUUUACUAGAUGGAUUGCAUAAGAGGAAGCCUUCCCUGGAACCAUUGCCAUUUUGUUACCUGCCUUCUUGAACAUGGACGGAAAUAUGAUGCUUGAAAGUACUUAUUUUGCGAUAUGUUUUCUCUCGAAUGUCAGCAUGUCUUGGGCACUCGGAGGUUUUUCGUGAAAUAUAUAGAUAUCACCAAAAAUAAUUUCUGAUUACUAAUUAUCAUGGGUCAAAUUGAACCUUAUAUUAAUUCUUUAGAUCACAUAGGUGAUGGUGUCGAGCCUUAUAUAAAUACUAGUAUGAAAUAAACUUUGCUGCUCCAAACGAGAUACCGUAGUCACCGUGGGUGGAGGUCUGUGGAGAUAGAAUAGUUGAAGCAUUUGAGUAAGAAGAGUUACCCAUAAUGUAUGGCCUUCUGGCUGUAAGAAAUGAACAGUCUGGGGUAUGACACAACAAGCAGGCGGAUGCUGCUCUCUGGAAGAAACUGUUGAUUUUCUGUGACGUUUAAUUUCUUUAUUUUUUAAUUUUCAGGUCCUGGAAAUCCAGUCCAUAAUACUCUGAAACACUUUUCUAUGGCCACAUACUGAGUGAUCCUAUGUUUGAGUUUCUACCCUAGUGUGCUGCAACUUGUUGGAAUAACCAAGCUGCUUGUUGGAACAACCGUUGUGAUUUAGUAAAUUACGUGCCAAGUACGCAAAUGAGGGAAUUCUAAGACACCCUAUUUUCAGGGAUUAUUUUAUUACCCUUCGCUUGGAAUAUUUCAUCCCUUUUUUGCUCCGAGUCUAAAGCUAAAUAUUUUAUGGAAAGACGUUUUUGACAUUGCUUCCACGGUUUCGCCGCUGGUCAGUUGUUGCUCUAAUGCAGACUCCAAUAAACUAGCAACCAGAGGUCAAUUUUCUGUGGUGGUGAUAGGUUCCUACUUAGACCAAAGGAAAUCUUCCAGAGUUCCAUUGAAGACCAGUUAGAGGGUGGAGAAGUUCAUUUCGUAUUGAGAGGCCUAGGCACCAAUGAGCAAAACUCAGCGUCUUUCAUAGACAUAGAAAGGGUUCACAGGAUGAGGGAAAAGAGCAAGUUUGAUUCAGGAAGUCGUAAUAUUUUUUCCCGGUUAAUAUUAGCCAUCGAUUUGUUGAAACACAAUAAAAAAUAGGCUGACAUCUAUAUGAAAAUAUUUCUUGUUGUGUAAGCAGCAGCAUUUGUCAUGACAUUCCAACUUAGAAACUUGUUUUUCCAUUAAAAACUACGUAAACCAAAAUCCUCGGUUAUUUUUUAUUCCGUAGGAAAUAGUACGAUCUGGAAGAAGUUUAGUCCUCGUGAUCUGGAUAGAGGCCCAGAGGUUGACUUACCUAAUGGUCAACAUGCCUAUCUACAGUGUGGCUCGCAACGGAGACAAAAUUGCAUUUAAUUUUUUGACCUUUUUCUUUGGCAUCUGUAUGCAACUACAAAGUGGACGUUUUUGGGCCGUUGACUAUGGGUUGGGACUAUUUUGGUAGUAUAUUAAAGUUCAUGCACCUAGCUGCCUCCUGCAGAAUAUCGAGUUUCAUUGUUUGUCUGUUUUCAAUGGCAGGGGAAGCCCAUUAGAAUGAUGGGGGUGUUCGAAUACGAAAUCGAGGAAGUUUCUAAAAAUAGCUCAAACUCAGAUUCGAGAAUCCGGGGCUUUGACGAAGAAGAAGAAAGGCUGAGGCGGCGAUUGCUGACCGCACCCCAAUCCUCCCUAAAACUCCCACAAGGGCCCUACAUUUUCUGUGAUUUCCGUACGCUGACCAUACCAGGGAUCGAGGUCUGCUCUCCACUCCGUCUUUUACUUCUCACUUUACCCGAAAUGGUUAGUCUUUUACCUCUUAAACCCCCAUUUUCUACUUGCAGCUAAACCCGCCGCCUUCUGAAGCAUUGAGAAGAAUGCACAUGCUCGCCUGUGAUCCCGGAAUCAUUGCCAUCAUGAACAAGGUACAUUCCUCAGAUUUUCUCAGAUUUUCUGCCUUCCUGCUGCUGACACGUGGAUUUUUUAAUUUUUAAUUUUCCCCUUUCCCUCAGCAUCGUUGGCGCGUGGGGAUCAUGACAGAAAUGGCGCCUGUGGGCUACGUGGGCGUCAGCCCAAAGUGUCUCCUUGGGUUCAACAAGGUAGGUGACCAAAUAAGAAACCGAUGGUGGGGUUGUGGGAAUCCAGAUGCUCAUUUGACUACUUACAAUCCUUUUGCAGAACCGUGGGGAGGAGAUAUCUCUCCGCCUUCGAACCGACGACCUCAAGGGGUUCAGGAAGUAUGAGAGCAUUAAAAAUACUCUCUUUCACGAACUUGUAAGUUCGAAUGCUCCAAGCACUAAUCCAGUAGAAACCUUUCCCGAACUAUCAUUAAAAAAGGGACUCACCUUCCUCCAUCUCAGGCUCAUAUGGUGCACUCCGAACAUGACGCUGACUUCUACGCCCUCGAUAAACAGGUACAGCACUUCAGAUAUCACCAUCACCAUCAUCAUCAUCAUCUUCUUCUUCUUUCUUCUUCCUGAAUUAGAAAGUUUCAUUCAAUGCAGCUGAAGGAGGAGGCGGCUCGGAUGGACUGGACAAGGUCUGGAAGCCGCACGUUGACCGGGCACAGAGUCAGAGAGAGUUUCGAAGAUGUGGUCCCUUCUGGGUCAACCCAUCAAAGGAGCUCCCAGAAGCUCGGGGGCAGCUACCUGGGGCCACCAGUCGAUCCCCGGGCAUCUUCCGUUGCCGCCGCCCUCGGCCGGCUCCUCAGCGCCGCCGCUGACGGAUCGGAAAGAAUCUCCGACGCGGCGGUCGAACCAGGCCCGGCUGCCGGAGGAGAACUCCUCGAGCCCGAUCCCGACGAUGGUUCAGACCGGGCCGUAGCCGAGCCCGACCCGGACGAUUCCGGGUUUGGAAAUGACGGCGCCGCCGGCGGAGGAUUCCUCGAGCCCGAUCCCGACGAUGGUCCGGACCGGGCCAUGACCGAGCCAGACCCGGACGAUUCCCUAUUUGGAAAUGGCGGCGACGCCGGCGGAGGAUUCCUCGAGCCCGAUCCCGACGAUGGUCUGGACCGGGCCGUGGCCGAGCCCGACCCGGACGAUUCCGGGUUUGGAAAUGGCGGCUCAGCUGGCGGAGAAUUCCUCGAGCCCGACCCCGACGAUGGUCCCGACCGGGCCAUGACCGAGCCAGACCCGGACGAUUCCGUAUUUGGAAAUGGCGGCGCUGCUGGCCCAGAAACAGAAACGGAAGGAAGUUCUCCCUUUGGGGAGCUUGAAGAGCCCGCUGCGGCGAUGUGCAGACGUCUCCAGAAGGCCUUCGAGGCGCUGCGAUCCGAGGCGCCACCCUCCGAGGCCGUCUCAUCUCUCGACACCCUCCUCAAGAUCAUCAGGUCAGAUCCCCCACCCUCAAUGAAGAGAGAAUGAGAGAGAGAGACACAAUCAAUUGGCUCUGACGGGCUUUCUGCGUGCUCCUCUAGGAACGUUAUCGAUCAUCCCGAAGAGGCAAAAUUCAGACGGCUGCGGAAGGUACUACUCCCCCUAUCUUUUCCCAAUUCAGAAGCCAGAUUGAAUCUUUGUUUCCUUUUACUGAAUCCUCUGGGGGGAAUGCUCUCUCAGGCCAAUCCGCUGAUCCAACGCCACGUCGCCAGCUACCAGGGUCAGCGCAUUUCCUCCCGUGAAUCAUCAUCAUCAUUAUCUCUCUAAUAAUAAUGAUCAUAGUAAUGAGGCUAGUGAAUAGUUAAAUUAAUAAUAAUCUCUGGGUUUGGAUGGGGGCAGCUGCAAUGGAGAUCCUGGCGGUGGUGGGCUUCUGCGAGGACGUUGUGGCCGAGGAGGCGUUCAUCGUCUUGAAGAGGAACGACCCAGGCCUGCUCUGGCUCGCCAAGUCAACGUUGGAGGUGAGACUGUAA